AUGUCAAAAAUCAAAUAUAAUUUAAAUUAUAUAUAUAUGUUUAAAAGAUUACUUUCAACAAAUAAUUCAACAUCAUUAUCGGCACAAUUGAAUCACAAAAUAAAACACCUAAUUGAUGGAAAAAAAUAUAAUGAAGCAUUAGAUAUUUUUGAAGAAAAUAUACAAAAAUGUUCACAUUAUACUAUAAACAUAGCAAUAAAUGCUUGUAGUAUAAUAAAUGAUUAUCAACGUGCCAUGAACAUCAAGAAAAAAAUUCCAUCAAAUUCAUUUAAAGAUUCUUAUAUUCAAACAUCAUUAAUUAAAUUAUAUAUAAAAUUUCAUGAUAUUGAUAAUGCUAUUCAUUUGUUCUGUUCAGUAACAGAAAAGAACAGUUUUAUUUGUACAGCACUGUUCAAAGGUUUAAUAUCUAAUAAUAUGCCAGAAAAAGUCUUAGAUUUAUUUGAUGAAAUGACACUUAAAUCUGACAAGUUUAUUCUGGCAGUUUUAUUCAAUGCAUGUGGUCAAGUUGCUAAUGAUCGAGCAAUAAAGAUUGGAAAAAAACUGCUUGAUGAUAUGUUAAAUAAUUAUCGAAGUGACACCAUCUUAUUAAAUUCAGUAUUGGAUAUGUUAAUGAAAUUUAGUCAUGUUCUAAAUGCUGAACGUAUUUUUUAUUCAAUCAAAAAGAAAGAUAUUGUUACAUACAGUGUUAUGAUGAAAGGAUAUGUUAGAAAUAAAAUGUAUGGAAAAGCUUUGGAUUUAUUUGAAAAGAUAAAUUCAAAGUUAAAUGAUGUAACUUACACUAUUAUGUUUAAUGCAUGUUCUCAACUUGCCAAUGAUCGUUCAAUAAAGAUUGGAAAAAAAGUUCUUCAUGAAAUGCCUGAUAUUCAUCGAAAUAAUAAUGUUUUAUUAACUUCAGCAUUAGAUGUGUUAAUGAAAUUUGGUGAUGUUCAAGGUGCUGAAGAUGUUUUUAAUUCAAUCAAGACAAAAGAUAUUAUUACUUAUAAUGCUAUGAUGAAUGGAUAUGUUGGAAAUAAAAUGUAUGGAAAAGCUUUGGAUUUAUUUGAAAAGAUAAAUUCAAAAUUAAAUAAUGUAACUUAUAUUAUUGUAUUUAAUGCAUGUGCUCAACUAGUCAAUGAUCGAGCAAUAAAGAUCGGCAAGAAGCUUCUGCAUGAAAUGCCUAAUAAUUAUCAAGAUAAUACUGUGUUAUUAAAUUCAGCAAUAGACAUGUUAAUGAAAUUUGGCGAUGUUCAAAGUGCUGCUCGUAUUUUUGAUUCAAUCAAGACGAAAGAUAUUAUUACUUAUAAUGCUAUGAUGAAUGGAUAUGUCAGAAAUGAAAUGUAUGAAAAAGCUUUGGAUUUAUUUGAACAAAUCAAUUUCAACAUAGAUGAUGUAACUUAUACUAUUGUAUUUAAUGCAUGUGCUCAACUAGUCAAUGAUCGAGCAAUAAAGAUCGGAAAGAAACUUCUUGAUGAAAUGUCUAGCAUUCAUCGAAAUAGUACUGUCUUAUUAACUUCAGCAAUAGAUAUGCUAAUGAAAUUCGGUGAAGUUGAAAAUGCUGAACGGUUUGUUAAAUUCGUAAGAAACAAAAAUAUUAUGACUUAUGGUGCUCUAAUGAAUGGUUACAAUAUUAAUAAUGAACCGUGGAAAUGUUUGAAGAUUUUACAAGAAAUAAAACAAACGGAUAUUGUUCUAAAUGUGAUCAUAUGGAAUAUAGUUAUUGGAUCAUGUUCACAAAUUGGUAUGAUUCGACAAGCUGAAUAUAUAAGCAAUCAAAUUCCUUUACAUAUUCAAAAUGAAAAACAAAUACAAACUUCAAUGAUUCAUAUGUGGAGCAAAUGUGGUUCUAUUAUAAAGGCCCAAAAUAUGUUUAAAUCAGUUUAUGAUCGUGAUACAGUGACAUACAAUGCGAUGAUUAAUGGAUUUGGACUUAAUGGAAUGGGUUCUGAAGCAAUUGAAUUAUAUAGAGAGAUGCCAAAUAAUCUACAUGAUGAAAUUUCACAUAUUUGUGUAUUAAAUGCAUGUUCUCAUUCAGGUCUUCUUCAUCAAGCUCAGAAUAUAUUUAAAGAAAUUAAUUUGAAAACAGAAAAAAUUGUAACUGUUAUGAUUGAUUGUUUAAGUCGUUUAUUUUUAUUUGAUGAAGCAUUAAAUAUGAUAGAUGAAUAUGAGAAGAAAAACUCACCGUAUUUUGUCAUGUAUAUGUGUUUAUUAUCUGGUGCACGUAAUAAUCACAAUAAGAAUUUAUCUGAAAAGAUAUUUAAUCGAAUGAAAUAUUUGUUUCCUGAUGAGAAAGAACGUCUUGUAUCAGGUGUAGUUCUUCUAUCAAAUAUAUAUUCAAGUGUUGGUGAACAUGAAUUAGCAAAAAACUUUCGAUCUAGACAAAUAAAAGAAUUAGGAAGAAAAGUCAAAAAAGGUUUAUCAUGGACUGAUGCAAAUGGUGAAAUAGUGGCAUUCAAAGCUCAUGAUCAUUCUCAUCCUCGAUCCAAGGAAAUCCAUGCUGAAGCUGAUCUUAUACAACGUGAAUUAAUUGAAGAUGGUUACAAGUGUGAUUCUUCUUGGGUAACUCGUGAAAUGCAGGAAGAAGAAACUAUCGAAUCAGUUUUAUGUGGUCAUAGUGAAAGAUUAGCAAUAGCCUUUAAUUUUAUUCAACGACCUAUUCCAGAAUUUAUUCAAAUUACAAAAAAUCUUCGUGUUUGUGGUGAUUGUCAUGAAACUACAAAACGAAUAGCAAGAAUUCGAGAACGUGAAAUUAUUGUUCGUGAUGCUAAUCGCAUUCAUCAUUUUUAUAAAAAUGGACAGUGUUCAUGUCAGGAUCAUUUUUGA